GCAAACCCUCAAGAAAAACAGCCAAAAGAAGAGAUCCUGAAAGCACCAGGACCGUAUUUUUAUAUCAGUGGAUCUAAUGGAGCUAGGCUUGUGAGCAUCUAUUGCCAGCUAAGAGGCUGGCAGCGUAUCUAUGACACAAGAGAGGAUUAUGCACUGAAAUGGUGUGAAAUCAAGUGCCAGGAGACCUAUUACCAUUUCAAAGAAGUGUUGAAAUACUGCUCUCAUAGGUACACUCAGCACCCCUGGAAGGGAAGAAGUCUGAUGUCUGCUCUUAACCUCCUCAUUGCCUGCACAGCACCAUACCUGUUAUUCUUUGCCCAGGGUUAUGUCAGGCUGACCUGUGUCAACUAUGAUGCUGCUUCUGAUGAUCUGACUGCUCAUCUGACCAACCAGUACAUGCAGAACUCCCUGUACAGCCAGCUGAAAGAUGAGACCAUUUGGCGGAUGGAGCAUUUCAACAGCUACAUUAAUGAGAAGUUCAGAAAGUCCAAAGGGCUCCCCAAAGACUGGGGUUUCACUGUGUUUACUAAAAGGAUGAAGCAGAUCAUUUUGCAGUGCUUCCUGGCAGCCAAGCACAAACUGGAUUGCAAACUGGGCUACUUCAAUCUCAUCAGUUGCGACUUUCUAAUUGAUGAGAACUUUAAGGUCUGGCUUCUGGAGAUGAAUACAAGCCCAGCACUGCACACCAACUGCUUGAAAGACAUCAUCCCAGCUAUAGUCUAUGAGAGCCUUGAUUUGGUUCUUGAGUUUUUCAAGAAGUGCCUCAAAGGCCACAGGAUUUUGCCUUUAGAAACACUGUCAUUUUGUGCUUCACUGCAUCACGAGGAUGAUGCAGACCUGGGCCAGAAACAACCCUUAAAGCUUCAAAGUGGCCUGUAUAAAGGCCAAUACAUGCUGCCAAACAGACAGUGCCAGCCUGGAGAAAGUGCUGGAGAACUCUCCACAGAAGCCUGGUUGAACAAGAGAGGUUGCCUUGUUGGCCAGAAAGAAACACAACACUGUCCUGACUACACUACAUGUGUGGCUCUUCGACUGGCAUAG